AUGCCGCACAGCAACUUUACCCAAGACGCGGCCGCGGGAACGACACCAGGAACCCACGCACAGAACACCCCGCCGUCACCCAAGUCGUACACUUCAGACAAGUCCCGUGUAAUCGAGGACGUCGAAAUCGAAGAGGACCGCGCCUCCAUAUCCUCAGCGUCGACGCAUUCCGAUUCGAUCAACUCGGCAGUAGAUCAACGUCCGUCGAUACAUCAUACAUGGAGUAGGAAUACAGGGCACUCGUGGCCUGGCGAUAAGGAGGAUGCGAUCGCAACUGUCACAACGAACGCGACGCAAGACCCGCGCUUCGAAAUCGACUUCGAGGAUGGAGAAGACCCGGAAGACUGGCCCAUGUUGAGGAAGGCUGUUGUCAUCUUCUUCAUGAGCUUCUCGACACUGGUCGUAGUUAUGUACUCGACAAGUUAUACAAGCGGCAUACCGGGCAUGAUGGCAACAUUUGGCAUUCAGUCGAAGACGUUGGUGAUCUUGGGGAUAACAACCUACUUGUGCGGUCUGGCGAUUGGAUCACUGCUACUGGCACCGCUUAGUGAGAUGUAUGGCAGGAGACCAGUCUACCUUAUCGCUGUCGCAUCCUUCACCAUCCUCGUCAUACCGUGCGCUCUGUCGAACAACCUAGCUCAGAUCCUCGUCAUGCGCUUCUUCGGUGCCAUCGCGGGCGCCGCUAUGAUUUCCAAUGCACCAGGCACCGUCUCCGACAUAUCCAAGGAAGACUAUCGCGCAUUGGCUUUUUCGAUAUGGUCUUUAGGGCCAAUGAACGGGCCUGUUUUUGGCCCUCUUAUUGGUGGCUUUGUCUUCCAAGCUCUCGGCUGGCGGUGGACGAACUGGGUCGUCAUGAUCGGCUCUGGUGCAUCCUGGUUCAUGGUCUUUCUGAUCCCAGAAACAUACAAACCAGCAAUUCUCCGCGCGAAGUCAGCCAAGAAGCGUAAAGAAACGUCCGACCCCCGAUACUACUCUCGCUACGAUGAGAAGAAGGCUUUCUGGCCUCUACUACGGGAGAACCUCUACCGGCCGCUUAGCAUGGCGGUCAAUGAACCCAUCUGCAUCUUCUGGGACGUAUACAUAGCAUUGGUCUACGGAGUCUUGUAUCUGUGCUUCGUUUCGUACCCCAUCGUAUUCGGCGAGCUACGGGGUUGGUCGCCUGGACUUGUUGGACUGGGUUACAUGGGUAUUGGCAUUGGCGGUGUCAUCACGAUAGCAUCGGAACCGCUGCUUCGUCGCAUGAUCAACAGCCACAAGAAGGAUGCAGAGACUGGUAAGCCAUACCCAGAGGCUAUGGUCAGUGUGGUCGUCAUCGCUGCGGUGUUGGUUCCUGUUGGCGAGAUGAUCUUUGCUUGGACAUGCACUCCCAACGUCCACUGGAUUUUCCCCCUCAUCGCCGGCAUCCCCUUCGGCGCCGGAAACUGCGGCGUCUUCAUCUACGCGUCAAACUACCUCGUUCACUCCUACGGCAUCUACGCCGCCUCCGCUCUCGCUGGCAACGCCGUCUUGCGAUCUGCGAUGGGCGGUGCUCUGCCCCUCGCAGGUCCAAAGAUGUAUCAAAGUCUUGGCCCACAUUGGAGUGCGACAAUGCUGUCGUUGAUCGAGUUUGCGCUCAUACCCAUUCCGGUAGUCUUUUAUCUGUACGGACACAAGAUACGAGAAAAGAGCGCGUUGAUCAGGCAGAUGAGAGAGGACAGGGAGAGAGUUGAUGCGAAGAAGAGGAAAGCUGCUGAGAGAAUAGAGAGGGCGAAGGGUGGUGUGCUUGAUGAGAAGAAGUUAGACGUUUGA